AUGUCGCUCAAUCCUCCCGACCACUCGCUCGACAAACAGUCGACAUCGGAGCUUAUGAUUGGGCUGUCAGCUACUUUGGGCUUCCUAAGCACAGCUGUGGUCAUAUUGCGGAUGUACACACGACUCGUCCUCCUUCGAAAUGCUGGCCUAGAUGAUCUCAUGAUCGUCGUCACUCAGUUUCUUGCCAUUGGGCUGAACGUUUCAACAUGUUUGGAGGGACACUACGGGACAGGAAGACACUAUUGGCUCGCCAGCCCAGAAGACUUGAUGAACCAACUGAAAUCACUGUUCGCUGCUAUCCAUCUUUAUAUCUGGGCGCUCUGCUGCGUCAAAAUCAGCUUGCUCCUCCAGUAUAGGCGCAUCUUCAUGGCGACCUGGCUUCAACGGGUGUCUAUUGUUAUAAUCUGCUUUUCCGUCUCAUGGAACGUCGCGCAGUCCAUUCUCGUGUCAUUCGCCUGCAGUCCGGCGAGCAUAUUCAUUCCAAGUCUGGCACCACACUGUCUCGACAGUUUGACGAUAUGGUACAUUGCGGCCGGAAUUAAUAUCACCACUGACUUUAUCGUCUUCCUCCUGCCAAUACCUCUCAUCAACUCUUUGCAGCUGCCUAUACGUCAGAGGAUCCUGUUGAUCAUGGUUUUCUGUCUGGGCUUCUUUACAUGCAUAAUUUCGAUCGUCCGCGCCACGAAACUCGAGGCUGUUGUCAAAGCAGGUGACCCGUCUUACUACGGUGCACCAGGAGCGAUCUGGUCCAUGGUGGAACUCAAUUGUGCGAUCCUCUGCGCAUGCCUGCCGACCGUCAGGCAUCUAAUCGGCUCACUGAUACCGUGCCUCGGCCUCCGCACAGUGAGGGAUACUUCGGGAUACUACGGCAAGAAUCGAUCAACCCCCAGCCGCCGGCGUCUAAGCAACUUCGCGCUGCGGUCCCGAAAGAGCAAGCUUCAAGUGCCAGGCGGCGGCUUCUCAAAGGUCUCCAAGGGCAGCGGGGCCUCCGAGGCCGUCAUGACUGGCAACAGCAAACACGACGGCGGGAAUAUAGAGCUGGACACAACCUGGGGCAACGACCUUGAAAACGACGGGGCAUUGUACCACAGCAACAAUAUCUCAGCUUGGGUGAGCGCUCAGGAGCCAAAAUCACCCAUCAGGGCCAAAAUCAAGUACAGCGACGACAAAAGGGACAGAAGUGGGAGUGAGUCGCGCUUGAUAGGCACCGGAGUGUCCAACGAACAGCUCCGUACGAACAUAUUGGUUACCAGAGAUGUGACGGUUGAGGAGGGUCGGACGGCAACUCCCAGCCCACAGUCGCGAUCAUUCACAGGUAUCGCGUUGUAA